UCAUCUGCAUGACAACGUCGUGCAGAUUAGCCUAAUAGCAUUAGCACUGGAUCGCUCGUAUUGGCCGUCAUUAACGCUGAACCCGUUAGCUGAUUUGAAUUGCGCCGGCGUGUUGCUUCCAUUAAGCAAUGUUAACUGCUCUGACUAUUUUGUUUUGUAAAUUCUACCUCCUAUUUUUUGUUCAUUUCAAUGGGACUCUCGGAGUGAGUCAAUAUUGAGCAACUUGGACUUGAAUCUGGCGAGUGUGCUGCAUGUUUGUGCGUAUUUCACAAGAGUACUAAGCAACAUAGACUGCUACGUUAGCUAAUGAAACACAGAAAACGGUUUUAAUGACACAAAUAGUGUGAAAGUGACCUCUCCAGCACAACUUCUGUACUUGUCACUGCGUGUAAAACGGAACAAAUGCAGAUUAGCAUGCCCCCUGACCCCAUGUUGUAGCUCUAAUAGUUUGUUGAACUAAACCCACUAAGAAUGUAAAUGCGUUGUCUUUCACACACCCUUGCCGGAUUAGCCGGAACCCCGGGGAAUCUUAUUCACAUGGAAACAAACAUGUCUUCAUUGUUAUUGGUCAUCAGCCAGUCUCAAUAAAUCCUUCCCCUUCCAUUUCAGCGUGAGGCAUGUCAUCAGAGCUUCUUCACACGUUCCUCACACAUCCUCAAGUCGCCAAGAGCUUUACAUGAGGAGAGCAUUGCAUAUUUUUGAAAACAUGUACAAUGAGCUCAAAAUAGCAUUGAUUUUAUAGCGUUACCGAUCAGUAAAAGCAAAGUUUUCAAUUGAGCGCAUUUUAGGUUUAGUGGGCAAACGAGCAGGAAGAGGCAUGAAACUCCACAGACCCUGGGACCAGACAGCAGAGGCGGAGUCAGACGAGGAGAACAAAGCUCACCAUCAAGAACACGGUCACCAUCCUCCCUGCUUGAGCAUUCAGAGUUUGACGUCCAGCUGGUACGUCGGACGCCGACCUCGGACUGCCUACACCAGCAGCCAAGUGAAUGUUCUGGAAGCAGUGUUUCAGGUAAACUCUUAUCCAGGCAUCCACCUGAGGGAACAUUUGGCCAGGAGCUUGGAUUUGGAUGAGGACCGCAUACAGAUAUGGUUUCAGAACCGACGGGCCAAAUUAAGACGAUCCCUCAGAGAAAGCCGACUAAGAAUGGUUCAAUCGGCCGUGGCUCAUCUUGGGAUGAAAGUCAUUGAUCAGCUGAGGAGAGAUGAUCUCCAGGUUGAAGUUGAGGAAUGACAUUUCUCCAUUAAUCCAUUCAUAUACAAACCAUCAUUUAACUCGCAAUUAGUAAUAAUACAUACCUGUCAUGUUUUCUAACUGUUGUGUGAUCAGCAUGAUUAAACUGUU